AGUAAUCCGUGAUAACUGGCCAAUAGUACAUCUGUGCAUGUUAUCGAUCUACGGUUUUGUGCUUCAGUUUGUAGCUUAGCACGUGUUUUGGAUGGAUUUAGGUAUUGAUGCAAAAUGCAGAUGAAUAUGGAAAUGAAAAGAAAAGUGGAAGACAUUACUACGCACUCUGGCAAACUAAGGUGUGAACGGAAAGCGUCAUUUAGAAAUCAUUUGAAGGAGAACGUAAAUGCCAUUAAUAACUGCUGGACUUCUGACAGAUCAUUGCAUUCAGAUUUUGAUGUACAUAUGGAUAUUUCACCUUUUAAGCACUGCAUAGUGGAAAACUUCAUGCGUGAUACAGAAUAUUUAAAGGAAUUGAAAGAGGAGCUUCUGGACCUUAAAUUUUCCUUGAAGCGGAAUGAUCUCUACCAGUUUCAUCAGUCUUGUGACUUAUCUGAAGUAAAUAGACCUUCGAUUAAUUCACUGAAACAGUUCCUUGUAGAGGAAUGUUGUACAUGGCUGGAAAUGGCAACCGGUAUCAAACUGAAUAAUAAAGUUUCAGUGACAUGUUCUUCCUAUAAUUAUUCAGAUCACUUGUUAUGUCAUGAUGACAGAUGUGAAGAUAGGCGAAUUGCUUUUAUUCUCUAUCUGAGUGAACACUGGCAGCCAGAUUAUGGGGGUUCUUUGGAGCUGUUUGACACAGAUGACAGUGGUCAACCCAAGGAAGUGGUGAAAACCAUUUUGCCCAUGUUCAACACUUUUGUGUUCUUUGAAGUGAUGGGUAAAUCAUUUCACCAGGUAGCUGAGGUGGGCACAGUAGAUCGAACAAGACUUUCUGUGAAUGGUUGGUUCCAUGGCCCACUUUCAGAAUGCAAAGAUGUUAUUCCAAAUGUACGCAUAGACAUACACCUGUUUUCUCCCAUACAGGAUGACUGUAGCCUCUUAGCACAUGUGAAUCCUAUGUACCUGGAUCCUGAAAUACAAGAACAGAUCAGCUCCAGCUUUGAACAAGAUAGUGAGAUUUUAUUGCCCGACUUCUUCAAUAAAGAUUUCUAUAAAGAAAUAUGUAACUGCUUAUGUAGUGGUGAAUUUUCUUGGGAACUUCAAGGACCACCCAAUCGUAGAAGGUAUGAAACUCCACGUGAGAAGACUUUGCCAUUGUCACUUAAUAAGCUUGUGCAACUGAUGAAGUCCAAAGAGUUCUUCAAACUGCUUGGUGACCUUACAAAACUGGAGCUGACACCCUUUCAAAAUAAUGACACAGCAGUAUUGCAGCCCCGGUGUUCGUAUGAGAUACAGCGGUGGCAGAAACGUUUCUAUACUUUGCUGCAUGAUGACCAUAUGAGUAAUGAGUAUGCAUUGGAUGCUAUCAUCCACUUCAAUGUCCAUAAUGUGAAGCAACUGCAAGGAGGUUUCAUAUCCUAUGUAGCCCGUGAUGCAGAUGAAGAGUUACUAACUCUUCUACCAAGUCCCAAUGCUCUUGCUUUAACAUUCAGAGACAAAGAUACACUUCAUUUUGUGAAAUACAUAAACAGUGUUUUCCAUGGGUGCUUUCACAUGAUGCAGUUUACAUAUUAUGAAACCUCAUCAUCCAGUUCAGAAGAAAUGGCAGAAAAUGUAACCUAAUUGCUGGAUUACUGGGAUAUAUGAUUCAUAUAAGUGCAAGUACAUGGAGUAUUACUACAUAUCCUUGUAAGUUAUGUGAUGUAGGUUAGAGGCAAGGAUUUUUAAAAGGUAAGUGAAGAAUUGAAAUACAAAUAUACAUAUAUGAAUACAGGCUUAAUAACUGUUGUUUAGAAGUACAAAGUUAACAUUUCACUUUCAUCUGUAUAAAUUUUAAUGUGCAAUUCUCAACUGCAGUGCACAGAUGAUCCAUGACAUUAGACAUUAGAUGAGACUGCUUUGUAAUGAGUAUCUUUCAAGCCAGAAGGAAAGUUCUGCAAUCUAACGUGGAUACAUGCUUUACAGGAUUGUAGUUGGAUGAAGAUUGUUUCAUGUUUUAUACCCAGUAUGAUAAUUAUACAUUAUUUUGGCUGAUGCAGACAAAGGAAGGAGUUUUAUUUGUUCCAUACAUGCAAAGAUUGAAGUCUUCAGUACAGGUGAAAUGUGUUUAUUUACUCACUGUUCCAGUGAUUGGAAGUGCAGUGUAUAUUACUCUCUUGCAUACUUAUUACAUUAUAUGGUAAUGAAAAUUCUCAUGUUUCAUGCAGAGCAACUUUGAAAUACAUCUUUCCCUUUACUUCUAAGA